UUUUGUCCAGUGCGACGAAGUGGGAGCGGCGGCCGAAUCGAGUCUUGGCGGGAAAACGGGCGACGCAGCGAUCGAGUUCGGUGGCUAAGGGGCGAGAAGCGAGGGAGACGGCGGAGGCGACCGAACAAAAAAUAUAUAUCAUAAAACCCUGUAGCGGUUACUCGCGAGAGUCCGUCAUACUCCUGGCCCGGCAGCCGAGAUGCAUCGUGAUUCGUGUCCACUGGACUGCAAGGUUUAUGUAGGUAACCUUGGGAACAAUGGCAACAAAACUGAAUUGGAACGAGCUUUUGGCUACUAUGGACCACUACGCAGUGUGUGGGUUGCUAGAAAUCCCCCUGGGUUUGCUUUCGUUGAAUUUGAAGACCCACGUGAUGCUGCUGAUGCAGUCAGAGAACUAGAUGGGAGAACACUUUGUGGGUGUCGUGUCAGGGUGGAACUCUCCAAUGGUGAAAAACGUAGUCGGAACCGUGGUCCACCUCCCUCAUGGGGUAGACGUCCUCGAGAUGACUAUCGCAGGAGAAGUCCUCCACCUCGCCGCAGAUCUCCACGAAGGAGAAGCUUCUCCCGUAGCCGCAGCAGGUCCCUUUCUAGAGAUAGAAGGAGAGAGAGAUCAUUGUCAAGGGAGAGAAAUCACAAGCCUUCCCGUUCAUUUUCCAGAUCUCGUAGCCGUUCCAGGUCAAAUGACAGGAAAUAGAACUUCAGGAACAGCAGUGUACAGGAAGUCAUAUUAGAUCUGAAGAAAGGAGUAUGUGAAAGGAGUAUGUACAGAACAUUGUUUUCUUUUAAGACUUCAUAAGCUUGGUGCAUUUUUAAAAUGUUUUAGCUGUCAAAUUUUGUUUUUCUUGUCUCUUGUAACAGGUGACAAAUGUAACAGUUGUGAAUCUGUAUAUGGUUCUGAGCAGGUCAUAUGAAGUGUAAUAACUUGUUGCUUUGCAGUGUACCCUUAAGCAUAACUUUGAUUUGCAUUAAUGUUUAGCUAAUAACCUUGCAUAGACUUACCAAAUAAAACCUCAAAAGCCAUGCAAGUGGCAAAUGUUCUUCAUAUAAAUAUUGUGUUCUGGAAUCUCUGCAGGAUCUAAACUUGAAAGGAAGUACACAACACACAUGAGCAUUUGCUACAGUCACAAAUGGGCAAUCUAUGCAGGGUGAGAGCAGGGUUAAUGGACAGGAUAAAACCAAUAGUAAGCAAAAGGGUUAUGAAAGCCUUGUGGGAGCUAUAUGUUUUUGAUACUGUUUUACAAGUUCUGAUUUAUACCAGUUUAGUCAGAACUACCUUCUACCAUGUAAAAGUGUAGAUUAAGUUUUGUAUCUUUGUGUGGAUCAGUACUUACUGCUGAAAUGUGAACUGCUUAAUCUGUUCAUUGUAGAGCAGACCAAAAGAACAGAUGACUAGCUUAAAAGGAUUUGGGUGCAUAAGGGUACAUUGUAGAUGCGAAAUUUUCUUAUUGUGCAUAAGUUGUCAUGUCACUGUAAACUCUUUGAGAUCUUUGGAUUAAAAUUUUGGUUACAAAUCGUUCUAA